AUGGAUGGGAAACUCUAUCGUCGAGAAGUAUCAAUGCCAUACUUGAGGUGCAUUGCUCGAACAGAAAUUAGCUCAGUGAUCCAUGAGAUUCAUGGUGGCUUUUGUAGAAACCAUACUUACGAGCCUAGUCUCUCCAAGAAAAUUCUUCACAAGGGGUGUUUUUUACCCACAAUGAAGAAGAAUUGCAUAGAGUAUGUAAGGAAGUGUGAGCAAUGUCACUGGUAUGCUAAGAUUGUCUCAGAUAAUGGGAAACAUUUUGAUAGCCAGCACUUCACUGACUUUUGUGCCCAUCAUGGAAUCGUGAAAGGCUUUUUAGCUGUAGCCCGGCCACAAGCCAAUGGGUAG